UUAUAAUACUUUGCCAAAUCCAUGUCUAGCAUGCGAAUAUUUAAAUCAAUUAUCUUAUUAUAUGUUAUUAGCUAAGGACUUGAUCUCCCAUCUUCUUACUGUUGAUCCGGAAAGAAGAUAUACUAUAAAUCAAUUCUUUGAUCAUCCGUGGACCAAGAAUGAGGAGCCUCUAAAAAUAAAAACCUCUGUUGAUUCUUCUGUAUAUAAUGAUUCAAUGAAUACACCUGGUGAAAUGCCUCGACGUAAAGAUGUAAUUUCACCAGGUAUUACUCUCAAAGAAGCAUUCGAUGUCAGUUGCGCAGUCCAUCGUAUGGAAGAGGAAGGUGCCAAGAGAAGGAAGAUCAAGAUGGGUGGUGGACAGAAAGCUGGUGCUUUGAACCCUUUUAAAACUCUAAACGCAAAUUUAAAUGAUGACGAAGUUUCCGAUGAUGAAACAUCUGCUUCCAUGAUGGAGCAAGUAAACCCUACGACGGCAAAAGAACCUAUAAAGAUGAAAACUGGCACAAGAAAAGGUGGUAUUAUAUCAUCUAAUUCUGCUAAAAAUUCUAAAGAGGGAUCCAAGCGAUUGAAUUUUGAAUUAAAUAUGGAUAGAGCAACACUAUUGGGAAGAAGGCGUAAAGUUAUAGCUGAGCCUGUUGGUGUUUAA